AUGAACGAAGAUGAGAGGCUCAUGGAUAUUUACAAGAAGAUCGAGCGGGAGAAGUCGCUGAUCCAAGCUGCCAACCUCAUGCGGCAGCAGACCAACAAUGACACCGUUCGGUCCAAGCUCGACACCCAGAUGCGCGAGGGCAGGAGGAACCUCGAGUUCUUCGAGGAGAAGCUCAACGAGCUUCAGAUGCGCAAGAUGAACCUCGGUCCCGACAGCUCCUCUGGCCGCCCCAUGAGCGCCGACAUGCGUUCCGACGGCGAGGGUCCUCCCCCUCCCCCUCCCAAGGACGCCUCCGGCGCCUACGCCGGCGACCGUGCUUCCUACGGCUCUGUACAGUACAGCCAGGUCGGCCAGCACGGCGAGAUGAUGCCCCCGCGACAUCCCUUCCCCGCACCCGGCCCCAACCAGUCGAUACCCAAGGCGAGGCCCAACUUUACCAAGCUCGAUCUGAUCAAAUAUGAUACACCUUACCUCGGCCCCCGCAUCCAGCUCAUGCUCUCCCAGAUUCAGUUCAAGCUCAAUGUCGAGGAGCAAUACCUCAGGGGUAUCGAGAAGAUGGUGCAACUAUAUCAGAUGGAAGGAGACAAGAAGAGCAAGGCCGACGCGGCAUCUAAGCGCGUCGAGAGCAAGCAGAAGAUUGUGCUAUUGAAGCAGGCGCUCAAGAGAUAUGAAGAGCUGCAUAUCGACAUCGACUCGUCGGACUCUCCGGAUGACGACAGCAUCAAUAUGCCAAACCUGCGCAAGCCGCUCUCUGGUCAGCUCUCGAUACGCGUGAUUGCUGUCAAGGAUGUGGACCACGCUCCGACUGGUCGGUUCAGCCGCGGCCCGGAUACCUUCGUUGCCGUCAAGGUGGAAGACAACGUGGCUGCGAGGACAAGGACGUCGCGGACCGACCGGUGGGAAGCCGAGUACCACAACAUCGAUGUCGACAAGGCGAACGAGAUCGAACUUACCGUGUACGAUAAGCCCGCCGAGCACGCGAUCCCCAUCGGUAUGCUGUGGGUCAGGAUUUCCGACAUCGCGGAGGAGCUCCGUAGGAAGAGGAUCGAGGCCGAGAUCAACAACUCUGGUUGGGUGUCUGCAGACCGGAUGGGCAACACCAAGGCUCCCCCGGCGCAGUUCCCCAUGAACCCCCAACAGCCGCAGCAGCCUCAAUUCGGCCCCCCGCCAACAUCCCCGGGUUAUCAGCAGCAGCAGGGCUCAAUGUACGGCGCUCCGCAGCUGCAGCCCCAGCCCCAGGUUGCCCAGGAGCCCAUCACGGCCUGGUUCAACCUCGAGCCGACCGGGCAGAUCCAGCUGAGCCUGAGCUUCCUCAAGCAGAACACGGAUCGCCGCCCCGUCGAUCUUGGACUGGGCCGAAAAGGUGCCAUCAGGCAGCGCAAGGAGGAGGUGCACGAGAUGUACGGCCACAAGUUUGUCCAGAGGCAGUUCUACAACAUUAUGCGCUGUGCCCUCUGCGGCGAUUUCCUCAAGGGCGGCGCCGGCAUGCAGUGCGAGGACUGCAAGUACACAUGUCACAUCAAGUGCUACUCGAGCGUCGUCACCAAGUGUAUCAGCAAGUCCAAUGCCGAGACGGACCCGGACGAAGAGAAGAUCAACCACCGCAUUCCGCAUCGUUUCCAGCCGUUUUCGAACAUCACGGCCAACUGGUGCUGCCACUGUGGUUAUCUGCUGCCGUUUGGAAAGAAGAAUUGUCGAAAAUGCUCAGAAUGUGGCCUUACGGCUCAUGCUGGUUGUGUGCACUUGGUGCCGGACUUCUGCGGCAUGUCCAUGGCCGUUGCGAACCAGAUCUUGGAGGGCAUUCGGACGCAGAAGCAGCGUCGCCAGGAGAAGACUUCUUCGCUGAGUGAUAAGACGUUCCGGACUGGCAAGAUGACGCCCGUCUCGGGACAUAGUUCGUACGGCUCGCAGGGCACGAUACCAGGCUACGGCCAGUCGGCUGCUUCGCCUGAGGCCACUGAGGCUGCCAAGGCCAUGUAUGCCAGCCAGACGUCACCACAGCGCCCUCACCAUCCCGACAGGACCUCCACGUCCAGCUCCACGGCUGCUGCUGCCGCCGCCGCCGCUUCGGCGGCCAUGACCGGCUCCAUGUCACCAACGAGUCAUAAGCCUGGCCACAUGGGACAAGCCCCGGAUUAUGGCGGCCGGUACGACAUGGGCUACAACGCCGGGCCGGAACAGGACCCUUAUGCCCCUCAGCAGCAACAAUAUGGCGGACCGCAACAAAGGAAAUACAACCCGGCAGACUACGCCAACAUCGGGUCUUACCCCCAGCAGCCUCCUGCCCAGCAGCAACAGGCUCGCCCACCACAAGCACAACAGCAGCCGCCGUACCAGCAGCAGCCACAGCAGCCGCCCCAGAUCAAGCCGCAGCCGCCUGCCGACCAAGGGCUGGCUCCUUCACCCGUGUCAGCCACGGGCGCUGUCAUUCCCCAGAAGAAGCCCCUGCCCUCGGCUACCGAUGCCGGCACAGGUCAGAGAAUUGGUCUCGACCACUUCAACUUCCUUGCUGUGCUUGGUAAGGGCAACUUUGGCAAGGUCAUGCUGGCUGAGACGAAGAGGACGAGGAAGCUGUACGCCAUCAAGGUCCUGAAGAAGGAGUUUAUCAUUGAGAACGACGAAGUCGAGAGCAUCCGGUCUGAGAAGAGGGUGUUCCUCAUCGCCAACCAGGAGCGCCAUCCCUUCCUGACCAACCUGCAUGCCUGCUUCCAGACCGAGACUCGCGUCUACUUUGUCAUGGAGUACGUUAGCGGCGGUGACUUGAUGCUGCACAUUCAGCGGGGCCAGUUUGGCACCAAGCGGGCGCAGUUCUACGCUGCCGAGGUCUGCCUGGCGCUCAAGUACUUCCACGAGAACGGCGUCAUCUACCGUGACCUGAAGCUCGACAACAUCCUGCUGACGCUGGAUGGUCACAUCAAGAUUGCUGACUACGGUCUUUGCAAGGAAGACAUGUGGUAUGCUUCGACCACGAGCACUUUCUGCGGCACUCCCGAGUUCAUGGCUCCCGAGAUUCUUCUCGACAAGAAGUACGGCCGAGCCGUCGACUGGUGGGCCUUUGGCGUGCUGAUCUACCAGAUGCUCCUGCAGCAGUCGCCGUUCCGCGGCGAGGACGAGGACGAGAUCUACGACGCGAUCCUGGCGGACGAGCCGCUGUACCCGAUCCACAUGCCGCGCGACUCGGUCUCGAUCCUGCAGAAGCUGCUGACGCGCGAGCCGGACCAGCGCCUGGGCAGCGGGCCCACGGACGCGCAGGAGAUCAUGUCGCAGCCCUUCUUCCGCAACAUCAACUGGGACGACAUCUACCACAAGCGCGUGCAGCCGCCGUUCUUGCCUACUAUCAAGAGCGAGACGGACACGUCCAACUUUGACUCUGAGUUUACGAGCGUUACGCCUGUGCUCACGCCUGUGCAGUCUGUGCUGUCGCAAGCCAUGCAGGAGGAGUUCCGCGGCUUCUCGUACACUGCCGACUUUGUAUGA